UGGUCCUGCACCAUGCAUCUGCCCAAGGGCGCUUCUGGUUUCGUAGGCAAUGUCAGGGUUCCUUGGAAUGAGAAAGUUCCAUAUAAGUUCAUUGUGGACGGAAAAUGGGUCAUCCGCAAUGACCGCCCAACAGAGUUCGAUGGUGCCGGGAACCUUAAUAAUGUUCUUAUCGCGCCCUCUAAACCCAUUCCUAUAAUGGAACACCCAUCAACCACUGUUCCCCAAGGCCCCACCGACUCCAUGAUUUCAACUACCACAUUGCCUGAAGAGUCGUUACUGUCUAGCGAGUCCUCCCCGCAGAACGCGUUGGCAGCGGAUCAACAAGAUGGAAUCACUGAAUCU